AUGUUUUCGUAAAUAAAAUAUAAGCAAAUAGAAACAGAAUUGACAGAAGUCUAAAUAUAUCCAUCAUUCAAUAAUUGUAAAGAGUAUUCAAAUUAGAAUACUGUUUAACCUGGAAAUAAAUGCAAAGCUUUAUUAAUGCUUUUAUUUUAUAUUUGUUCGAUUUUCACGUUAAAUAAUGAAAGAAUUAUUUUUAUUGGAAUUUAUCUAUUAAUGGUAAUAAAUAAUAGAAAGAAUAUAUUUGAUUUAGUUUUUGCAAUUUUAGCUUUGAUUUUAAGUUUUGGUCAUUUAUUUUUUUAAUACAAUUUAUUAGGAAUGACUUAAAUAAUUAUGAGUAUAGAUAUUUUAACAUUUCCAUUUUCAUAAAGAAUGAUUAGAGAAAUUAAAUUAGUUUGGUCUGAAAUAAUGAAUUUAGCAAUCACUAUGUUUUUUAUUUUAUGUUUAUGUGCAUAUUCAACUACUGCUUAUUAUUAUGAUAACAAGAAAGUUGAAAUAUUUUAUGGUACAUUUGGUAGAUCAGUGCUAACAUUUAUAUAGGCAUUAAGUUUAGAUGAUUGGGCUUAGAUAGGAAGAGAAUCAGAUGAUUUAUUUGGAUAUUUUAUAUUGUGUAUUUAUAUUCUACUUAUGACAUAUUUCUAUUUAAAUAUAAUGAUGGGUAUAUUGAUAGAGACAUUGUAAUUUGAGAAGAAAGGUAAUCAUUUAGAUGAUCCAUUUAAUUAUGAAAUUAAUUAAUAAUAAAUAUUAUCUUAAUUAGUUAAAGAAUAGAAUUUAUUUGAUAAAUGUAUAAUUGGUAACUAUUAUCAAUAUAUUGUAUACAUAAUAAGUUUUGGUGGAAUAUUUAUAUCAAUACUUGUACAUUUUGAUCAUGGUGAUAGUAUAAGUGAAUUAAUAAUUGAAUUGAUAGAUGAUGGAUUAUAUACAAUACAUUUUAUUAUAUUAAUAAUGAAGAAGGGACCAAUUUAUGAUUUAGAAAGAAAAAAUAAAACUAUGAUGUUAUUACAUUUCAUAGCUGGGUAAAUUAAUAUUUAUUUAUAAAUAGUCCUUUAUCAUUAAUUUAUUCAUUAAUAUACCUUGAAGUUGGUUGUCUACUCAAUUUACUUAAAAUUGCAACUACUCCAUCUGUCAAAGGAAUCUUUGUAGGUACUAUAGACAUGUUGCCAUUUCUUAUGCCUUAAUUUACAUAACUCUUUGGAAUUAUAAUGUUUAUUGCUAGUAUUUUGACAUCUAAUUAUUUUGCAUACAUAGGAUUAAAAUAAUAAUUGUAUUUCUCAUCAUUUUGGGGUUCUUUUUAUACUUUAAUAUAAAUUAUGACAUUGGAUGGUAAUAUAUUAUAUAAUAUUAUAAUAAUAGAUUGGGGAAAUAUAGUUGAACCAAUGUAUUCAAAGCAUGGAUAUAUAAUACCAUAUAUUAUAAUCCCUAUAUAUAUAUUUUUAAGUAAUUUUAUCAUAUUAAAUACUUUAAUUGCAUUAAGUUGUGAAUAUUUUGUAGAAGUUAAAUAUUAUUCUAUUGAAAAAGAAUAAAAUUAUGUUAGAUGUUCUCAAUUUGUUGGUAUCGAUGAAUUGAUGAAUUAUUGUAAAUACAAUUAAAGUAAUAUAUAGUAUCAUCAUACUUAAGUGCACUUUAAUAUUCCCACUGUCAUUGUUAAUCACCAUGAUUAAAUAAGUUCCAAAAUUAAAUCAGACACCAUAAUAUAAAUUUAAUAUGGGAAUCUUUAAUUUACUGUUAAGGUAAUAUAAUAAUCUGAAGCAUUAUGA